AUGGCACCCGCUAAACCCUCAAAGACCAUUGCAGCGACAGGGAAAGACCUUCGCUCUUUCUUCGGUGGUGCUGGAAUCAUUCGAUGUUGCAUUCGGUUAUGCACAACGCCAACGGGACGCAUUUUGAACUUGUUUUCUCGCGACACAUGUUGUCGAUCAAAUCCUGGCGCGAGUGAUCCAAAAUAUGGUACGCACGAGCGCGGUCUACGCUUCUAUCGUAUUGGUCAUCGGGUUCAGCUUCCUGCCCUUCUUGAUCGCCGUCGUUCCGCUGGUGUGGUUCUACUCCAAGGUUACCGCGUACGAAUGGAUUUCUUCUUCUUCCAGAAUCAUCCUGACACUAUUGAUAGGUACUAUCUCUCGACGUCGCGUGAACUCAAGCGUCUGGAUGCGGUGUCCCGCUCACCCAUCUUUGCGUGGUUCUCGGAAUCCCUGGCCGGAAUUUCCACCAUUCGGGCCUUCGACCAGCAAUCUGUUUUCAUUGCCAGCAACGCGCGCCGUAUUGAUCGCAACCAGUUGUGCUACCUCCCCAGUACUUCCGUCAACCGCUGGCUUGCAGUCAGACUGGAGUUUGUUGGAGCAAUCAUUAUUUUCGUCACAGAUGUUUUGACUGUCGCUGCCGUUGCGACCAGUGAUGUUGAUGCGGGAUUGGUCGGUCUGGUUCUGUCGUGGCUGUACUUCCGUCUCGAGGUAUUGCUCACUAAGCGACCACAGAACUGGUUCUCCUCGCUUUCAGCAGGUCAGAGGCAGCUUUUGUGUUUCGCGAGGGCUUUCUUGCGCAAGACUAAAGUGCUCGUCCUCGAUGAAGCAACAUCUGCAGUUGAUCUAGAUUCCGACCGAGCGAUUCAAGAAAUUAUCCGGGGUCCAAUCUUCCGCGAUGUGACCAUUCUAACCAUUGCGCACCGCUUAAACACGAUCAUGGAGUCUGACAGGGUUCUAGUUUUGGAUGCUGGAAGGAUUGCAAAAUUCGAGUCCCCACAGAAGUUGCUGGAGAACAAGAGUUCCAUCUUCCGUUCUAUGGCGAUGGAGGCUGGUCUAGUUCAGGCCCGGCCUGAUGAUGAAGUGAAAGCAUAG